GCGGGGCCGGGGCGGCCGGGGCUGCUCGGGGCCGGCACGGGGAUGGGUUUCCGGGCCGCUGCCCUGCCGAGGGGUGCGACGUGUGUGGGAUAAGAUCUUUCCAGAGUAAUAAGCAUGGUUCGAGAACGGAAAUGCAUAUUAUGCCACAUUGUUUACAACUCAAAAAAGGAGAUGGAAGAACACAUGAGAAGCAUGCUUCACCACAGAGAACUUGAAAACCUGAAGGGGAGGGAUAGCAACCAUGAAUGCCGGGUGUGCAGGGUGACACUUGUGGGUUUGUCAGCAUAUGCCAAGCACAUCUCCAGCCAGCUGCACAAAGACAAUGUUGAUGCCCAUGACAGAAAAGAGGAAGAGAAAGAAGAGGCUGAAGAAGAAUACCUUGACAAAGAACUCAUUCAACUAAUCAAGCAAAAGAAGGAACAGAACUGGCAAGCUGAACCAAGCUGUGCAAACCAGGAAUUGGAAUGUGAUGACAGGAGAUCACAGAGAAGGCGGGAAGAGCGAGCUACUUACAAAGAAAGAGAAGCUUAUGAUCAGUCAUCGUGGCAUCAUCAUAACGCAUCACAAAGGGACUGGCAGUGGGAAAAGGAUGAUUAUAUUGGUCCUAGACAAGGCAAAUUUUCACACUCUCAGAGGAACCUUAACAGAUAUUUGGGAGGCCCAAGGGGACGCCCUGGAUGGCACCAAAAUGCUUCAGGAAACCCUUCAAAUCGGCAUAAAUGUGGGAAUUCUGGAAAUGUUUGGCAUCCAAGUGGGCGAGAAGGAGGAACAUCAAAUUGGCAUCACAGUGCAAGGGAGAGAAAUUCUACUUGGCACCCAGAAGGAACAGGUCAUUUUCCUAGCUGGAAUUCCAAGAGUUACAGAGGAAACUGGAAAUCUAGUCCUCAUGGUGCAGGUGGCUGGAAUUUUGGCAGCUUGGAAGAUACAUAUUCGGUAGAGCCAAUUAAAUAUAACAAGGAAAGAUACGCACGGCAGCGGCAGGAGAGAAACACUGAUGUUCUACCAUAUAGAGAUCGAAAAAAUAAGAGCGACUCACUUGAUUUUACUAGUGAUAAACUUCCUUCUGAGGGGGCAUUGGAAUUUGGUGUGUCAAAGCAACCAGAAAGCAAAACUUCAAGAGUCAGUGGAAAAAGUGGCAGUCCUUCCAGAGAGAAGAUGUAUCGCUGGACUCCCUACCCAGCCCAGAAAGCUGCAGAGCAGCAGUCACGGUCAGAAGAUAAUGUUUCUAAAAGUCCAGAUAAAAUGGAUUCUGUACUUGUACCUCUUACUGAUUCAUCAGCGCAAGGAAAAACUUGUGAAGCCAGUGCUAUCCUUUCAAAACUUAAAAAACGGGAUGCAUCUUCCCCUUCUAAUGUAACCUCAGAUCACCAAGAUUCUUGCAAGGUAAUAAAAGACUGUUCCAGUGGUGAAAAGCCUGACAAAGAUGAUGGCAGAAGUAAUAGGAUGCCAGCGCUGAAAUCCCCUCUUCUGAAUAUUGCAGAAAUGAAGUUAUCUUCCCCAAAGCAGGACACAAACGGUCUCUUAAAAAAUGUCAAGCUUCUGUUAUCCUCAACUAGUGGCAAAGAGCAGAAUAAUUUGAAUGCACCAAACUUAGAAGAAGCCAGUUUAUCCUCUAACUCAUCAAAGCUGCGUGGUGCAUGUGCUGGUAACUUACAAGACAACAAAGAUGUGAUUGGUAGAAAUCUCAGAGAGCCUGUUCAUAACUUAAGUGAAGCAGAACAAAACCCGGAAGAUGUUCAGUCCAGCCAUUCCUUGCAAAAUGCUCCCUUAACCUCUUGCAAGGAUACAAGCGACCAGAAUAGGAAAGAAACUAAGGAAGCAUUGUCAAAGAAUGAGUUCAGACUAGGUUCAUUAGAAGAGGUGAGCAAUGAUGCUUUAACAGGAAGCGUGAAGUCAGAAGCAAGAGUUGAAAAGUUGAGUUCUUCUGUUAGUUCUUGUUUGCCCUGUGACAUUCCAGAAGGUAAACCAGCCACAUCUGAAAAGGAAGAUGAUGGGAAGCCAGCUGCUUCAAGUAUUGCUUCUGUUGAUCUAAAAGAUUCUAUGUUUCAGAUAGAAUCUACAGUUUCUCUAUCAAGCAAUCAGGACCAUUUGCAUGUGGAUUUGAAAACCUCACAGGAUGGAGAAGGGGAUGAAGACCAUGCCAAGGCACAUGAUCACUUUGAAAUGGAAGGUUUUGAAAAUCAUUCAGAUCAGGAGCUGCACAAAGGAGGAAACCAGUCACUAGGACUCCUUCUUCCUGAUUUAAGCAAACUUGGCCUCCCUGCCUCUCUGCAAAGAGACCUGACACGACACAUUAGUCUGAAGAGCAAAGUUGGGACACAUCUUCCAGAGCCUAAUCUCAAUAAUGCACGGCGCAUUCGGAACGUGAGCGGCCAUCGGAGAAGUGAGACUGAGAAGGAGUCAGGGCUUAAACCCACCCUCAGGCAGAUUCUUAGUGCUUCCCGGCGAAAUGUAAACUGGGAUCAAGUCAUCCAGCAGGUAACCAAGAAGAAACAGGAACUUGGCAAAGGUUUACCAAGGUUUGGCAUAGAAAUGGUGCCUCUUGUUCAAAAUGAACAAGAGGGUCUAGAACUUGGUGAAGAAUCUGAUCUGUCUGCUCUGGAAGGAUUCCAGUGGGAAGGGAUUUCCUUAGCAGUACCUGGCUCUGCCAGAAAGCGUAGCUUUUCUGAAAGCAGUGUCAUUGCAGACAGAAAUCCUGCCUAUAGUUUCUUCAGUGAGCAAGCCAAAAUAAAAGAAAGUGGGCACAGGCAAAUCAUUGCAGCCAGCCACUCACAUCCCAUAACAUCUGGCUACGAGGCAAGUGCUGACAUUGAGGUUGACUUCAAACGGGAGACAUCUUCUCUUCCUUUGUCACCAUUUAUGUCCGAAAGAACUGAGACUAGCAGAAGGAGACACAGCCUACAGGCCACCUCUGAGGUCACAGGCCUCACAAAGCAAGACCAGGAGAGCCCAGAGAAGAGAACACCUCUUCUUGAAAAACAAAAUGUACUAGAAAUCUCAGAAGAACAUCGUUCAGCUUCAAAUAAUGCUUCACUUCUUGCAGUGUCUAAUAACAUAGAUGCAGCUACAGACAGUAGCUGUACAUCUGGUACUGAGCAGAAUGACAGCCAAGGAAUUGGAAAGAAACGAAGAGCAACUGGAGAGGGAUCUUCUCCUGAAAUUCCUAGUCUAGAAAGAAAGAAUAAGAGAAGAAGAAUCAAAGGUAAAAAAGAACGUUCUCAGGUAGACCAGUUGUUGGCCAUUUCUCUGAGGGAAGAAGAGCUGAGCAAGUCCCUGCAUAGUGUGGACAGCAGUCUCUUGCAGGCUAGGGCUGCCCUGCAGGCUGCCUAUGUGGAGGUUCAACGGUUCCUUGUAUUAAAACAACAGAUAACCAUGGAAAUGAGUACACUGAGAAGUCAGAGAAUCCAGAUCUUGCAGGGGCUACAAGAAACAUAUGAACCUUCUGAACUGUCAGAGCAACUUCCCUGCAGUGUCUUAAGUGAGAGAAGAAAUAGCAAAUCUCAGAUGGCAGCUGACUUAAUUCCUGCAGGCUCACUUGUGCCCCUUUUGGACACUUUGUCUUCUUCUGUACCUCCUCUGGAAGCUUCUGUUCAUGUAAAUGUUCCAUCACCAUUCCAGUCUUCUGGCAUCACACCUGAUGCUCCUCCUGACUCCUCAGUACAAGUUAAACGAGAACCUGUGUCUCCAAAAGGCUCAGAAGAAAAUGUGAAUUCCGUAGUCCAGCGCUCUCCAUGUGCUUCACAAGCAGAAGAGGUGGAGCAGAAGGAUGAAGAGACCAACCAGAAUACUUCAGUGUAUCCAGUUAUCUCUGCAACUGUAUCCCUAUCAGAGCUGGCUGCUUGUUUCCAAAACCCUAAUCAAGAUGUUCACAAGCCUGCUGUGGACAGGGGAAAGGCUGGACUUCCUGAGAACCCUUCUCCUCAUUCACUGUCUGUUUUCAGCAAGAAAGAACCAAAUGAUUCAGUGACUGAAAGCUUUUUACUGGGUCAGUGCAGUGCUUCUCUUCCAAAGCAGCCAGUCCUUCUAGAAAUGUCAGUGGAUAAAAUGCCCAAAUUGUCAGCAGAACCAUCCGAGCAACAGACAGCAGCCACUGUAGUUCCAGCAGAAAAAGGGAACAGGAGGAGGAGAAAGUUAAGGAAGAAGAAAACGCUGAGGGCAGCCCAUGUGCCAGAGAAUAGUGAUACAGAACAGGAUAUAGUUGACUUUAAGCCAGUCCGGAAAGUCAAGGGUGGAAAGGUUCUUAAAGGAGAAAAAGUUACUACAUCCACUCCUCCAAGACAGGAGGAUGGAACUACUGCACAAACAGCAAGAAACAAAAAUGAAAAUGACAGCGAUGCUUCUCUGGAACUAGUGGAAGUUCCAGCACCCCAAUGUGAGGUGGUUGACGUUGGUUCAUCAGAGUCGGGAGAUGAGAAACCAGACAGUCCAUCAAAGAGGGAUUCGCGCAGCUCUGUGGAUCAAACACUCCUAGAGGCAUCUUGCUCUGGUUAUGAUGAAGUGAGCUCUACCAGUGAGAUUGGCACAAACUAUAGAGAUGAUGGGAAAAGAAGUGUGGCUGAGACGCAGACUUCCAUAUCAUCACUGAAAGGAUCAAAGAACUCAUCAGAAGUGUCUUCAGAGCCAGGUGAGGAUGAAGAACCUACAGAGGGAAACUUUGAGGGACACCUGGCUGCAGUGAAUGCUAUUCAGAUUUUUGGGAAUUUGUUGUAUACCUGCUCAGCAGACAAAACCGUUUGUGCCUUCAAUCUGGUUAGCAGGAAGUGCGUAGCCAUCUUCAAAGGACAUACUUCAAAAGUGAACUGCCUCUUGGUCACUCAGACAAAUGGGAAGAAUGCUGCACUCUACACUGGCUCAAGUGACCACACUAUCAACUGUUACAAUAUCAAGACCAGAGAGUGCAUGGAGCAGUUUAAAUUGGAAGAUCGAGUGCUCUGUUUACACAGCAGAUGGCGGAUCCUUUAUGCAGGCCUUGCAAAUGGCAGUGUGGUUACUUUCAGCAUAAAGAACAACAGGCAGCUGGAUACCUUUGAAUGCCAUGGCCCCAGAGCAGUGAGCUGCCUGGCCACAGCUCAGGAAGGAGCACGGAAGUUGCUGGUUGUGGGCUCCUACGAUUGCACCAUCAGCGUGCGGGAUGCGCGGAAUGGGCUGCUUCUCAGAACCCUGGAAGGUCACAGCAAGACUAUACUCUGUAUGAAGGUGGUGAAUGAUCUGGUAUUCAGUGGCUCCAGUGAUCAGUCGGUCCAUGCCCACAACAUUCAUACUGGAGAGCUGGUGCGGAUCUAUAAGGGCCAUAACCAUGCAGUAACAGUUGUGAACAUUCUUGGGAAAGUGAUGGUGACAGCAUGUCUGGAUAAAUUUGUUCGUGUUUAUGAACUGCAGUCGCACGACCGCUUGCAAGUCUAUGGAGGCCACACAGAUAUGAUCAUGUGUAUGACCAUCCAUAAGAGCAUGAUCUACACUGGAUGCUAUGAUGGCAGUGUCAGAGCUGUGAGGCUUAAUCUGAUGCAGAAUUAUCGUUGUUGGUGGCAUGGAUGUUCAUUGAUCUUUGGAGUUGUGGACCAUCUGAAGCAGCACUUGCUAACUGACCACACCAACCCAAAUUUUCAGACCCUGAAGUGUCGUUGGAAAAACUGUGAUGCUUUCUUUACUUCCAGGAAAGGUUCCAAGCAGGAUGCUGUAGGACACAUUGAAAGACAUGCUGAGGAUGACAGCAGAAUUGACUCAUGAAGCUUUUCACCUCCCACAUUGGGAAGUAAUUUUUAUAUAUCAGAAUUAUUCCAAAUAACAUCAAUUUCUUACUCCAGUCUUUCCUCUUUAUUUUCCCACUCGGAAUGCAAAAAUGGAGUGGGGCUGAAAUGCCUUGCUGCAGAGACUGCAGGUUGUGUUGCACUCUGUAGAAUUAAGGCUGGUCAAUUGGAACUUGACCCAAAUGGAAGAUUCUUGCAAGUUUUUAAUUCAUUGUCAGAUAAGAAUAUUCCCUCCUCUUGUCUGCAUUGGUUUUUUGUUGUUUGUUUUUAUCUGUUUGUUGUUUUUUUUUAUGAAGAAUAGUCUGAGAAUUUUUGGGAAGUCCAGAGGGGUGUUGAUGACUUACAUGACAAAGAGGUGCUGAUGUUUGCAAACUCAGCUUGAAGCCUGCUAAAUGUCUAAGACAUGUCUGGUUUUAUGUUGUAUCCGUUUUUGGUUUUUUAGCUCAUUUUAAUAAAAUUCUGCAAACCAGAAUAUCACAGAUUCUAACAGUAUAGCCUGAAUAUCCAGUGUACAUUUUGGCUUUCUUCAUAAAAAGAAAAGAUAUUUUAUGGAGAACUGGAAUAAAUUAACUUUUUUAAUGUUAACUCUUAAUUUAUUUUUUAUUCCUUGUGUAAAAAUUGCUAUAAGUGGUAGAAUGUAUACAGUGAUAAACUGCCCUCAGUACUGUUCCUCCUGAGGUGUGUUGUUUAUUUGGAGGAAAGCAGUUCUUUCCUGAGAGGAAUGCCAGCAGCAGCAGAAUAAGCCUGAACAGGGGCUCCAGUCACGUGCUUUGCAGUCUGAGUCUUUUUUUAAAUAUAGGGCCUUGUGUACAGGAAAGAAGUAAGUGGGUGUUGGCUUUUGUUUUAGUGAAAUACCAGCAUAACCACUGCUAUCUUGAUACAACACCAUUGUUGAAUUCCUGAUUUUAUUUGCAAUCUCAGUGCCUGAGCUUUGCAGCUCCCAGUUGUUCAUGGCAUAGCAAACUAAGAAAUGCAAAGGCACUGCCUCCCUGCAUCCACUCUGGUAGUGUUUUGUUUCUGUAGUGAACUGGCUUAAUUGGCUUGGGCUGUAUCAAGUUCACAAAAACUCAACUGGAAAGAAUGGAGCAAGUUUUUAAAGGAUUUUAAAGUCUAAACUUCUCAAGCAGAAGCUGAGGAAAUGCAUAUUGUGUGGAAAAGUCUUGUUUCUUCUAAUGCACAGAAGGUACCACGGAGAAGCAGGUGCAAAAGGGGAAGGCUGUUUCCACUUCUCAGGAUUCCUUUGCAGGUGUCCCCUGGGGUGGAGAACUUUACCCAUUAAGUUCAGUGAAAUGUGCUUCUUGCCUUUGCAGUUGUCUCUGCCAUAAUGACACUAAUUUAGCAAAGAGCUCUUUUAAACAAUGAGACUAAUCUAGCAAGGAGCUUUGCCUUCUCUUUUGCCUAACUUGCUGCUCAAGAUAAAAAAAGCAGAGGUUUCCUUAAAAUGUAACAGAAGCUAAAGUGUCAGAACUAAGCUGCUUAUAAAUUAAUCCUGUGCUUUUCAGACAAAUGGAAUGUACUGUUUUUACUGGGCAUCUCUUUCACUACUACUCAGAGGCUUGCUGUGCCAACCAUAGACCAAGUAAGUUUUAUAGCCUCAUUCUUUGACUAUAAAGAAGACUUUUUAGGCCAAGACAGUGGUUGAGGAAAGCCCAUGGAUGUUCCACUGCCAUCAAAUCAAGGAACUUCAGGGCCUUCUCUAAAGCACACUACCUUAACAAACAAGCAUAAUUUCUCUGUAAUUGCUCAACGUUGAUGAUUUUUUUUUUUUGUGAGAGACAGGAGUAGAAUAGGAAUAAGGUGCAGUAGCAACCUACUUCAGACACAAGGGAAUCCCUGAGGUUCCAGUGCUUUUGUGGUGAUUUGCUUGGGUUUUUUUAAUUAAGCUGUUUGUGGGCAGGAAAGAAGCUCAGUAUGUGGCUCAGACCCCAGGCUGUUUUGAAGGUGGUUUUGUUUUGUUUUUGGGGUGUGUGUUUGUAGUUUUGGGUUUUGUUUGUUGAUUUGUUUGGGUUUUUUUCUGUCUGUGGAUGAAGCAAUUCAAGAAAGAAUCAAUUCAGGGAAAUCCCUGAGCAGUGUAAAACAUCUUCUGAUGCAGGCUGUAUUGUGCUAAACUCUCUGAGAGUAUUUAUUUUUUGUGUGACCUAAAAGCAAAAGACUGCAUAAUACUCAAACCAUUUCCAAAAUUAUUGAUAUUCAAAUGUUCUUCUGGGUUUAUUCUGAACCACAAUGAGGGAGCAUGUACAAGUGUGGCAUAACCAAUGUGAAUGUCUCAAGCUGUCCUUCAUGGACUGUGCUUGAAGUCAAGCUGUGGAGGUGUGUGGCCUGAGAAUGAGCAUGUGAUUGUAGCAUUCUGAAAAAUGGUGUGAGAAUAGAUUUUGUUACUUCAUCCUUGUGAUUCUUGACAUUCUUUCAGCAGUUUUCAGGAGCGUGUGAAGAUCUUUCUCACAAGGUGUUGCAACAAACACAGUUACUAUAUUUUAUUUGCAUUCCUGAUUGCUUGUUGCGUUUAUAUUUUCUAGUUGGUGAAAGUAGAUUUCCUUUGCUUGUAGUCCAUUAUAUUUCCUUAUCUGCCCUUGAAAACAGUCCUCCUGAAAAGUCUGGACUUCUGAAAUCCAGCUUGAGCUUUAUCAGGAGUGUCUUUUGGUACUCUAGGUAAUUUCAGAUGUAUUCUGGAAAUCUUAAAAUGGUUAAGAGGCAGAAAAUAGCAGAGCUGCAUGAGUGUUUAUGAAAUUUUGCUUCAUAAAUUAAAGAUAAUUUUUUAAAGUUGCUCAGGGGUUCAGAUGAGAAUACUGUGCUGCUUUGUCCUGAGGCUAUCUUAAAAGGGUUUGCUCUGAAGUUGUGCAGCUGGAGAAAUCCUGAGGCUUCUCUGGAGUUCUGUUGGGAGUUUUCCAAUUUGUUCAGCUAGGAAUUCAGUGCAGUUGUUGCUAUUGACGUUAAUUUCUUCCAGCGACAAUUACAGAAGGGAGAUACCAAACUGAUGAAUUGGCUUGGUAGCCAUUAAUGAGAUGCAGCUUAGGGUUUUGACUCCUGAUGUAUCUCUGAUCAAAGAGCGCAGUAACUUUGGGAAGGUGAACUCUGAGAAAUCUAAAAGUAGUAUUUGCAUGAAAAGCAGUGCUGCACAUCUGAAGCCUGUUUCAGGGUUAUUUUUGUUUUCGGUUUGGUUUUAAUGCAAGUACAAAGUAGUGGGUGGAAGAGUGAGUAGAGUGAGGGUUAAUUUUCUGGUUAGCUGUGUUUAUUAGUCAAAUGCAAAAUAAGGAGCUCUGGACUUGCUGUGUGGCUGACUAUGUAUGGCAGGCCCUCUGGGGGACAAGGCACCAUUUUCCUCUUAUCAGGACUGAUAUUGCACCUAUUUAAGCCAAGAGUCUUCUCAGUGGACAGAAAGUGUUCAGAGGCACUGUACACUUUGAUGAUACAAAGAAUGAGCCAGGAGCUACUGAAACCAGUUCCAUCAUUCUCUUCAAAAAAGUGUCAAAACUUGUGCCAUAGGCAUACUGAGCCCUGCCCCAGCUCCAAAAGGAAGGAGGGAGUAGCAUAAAAUGGUCACUUAAAGUUCACAUGUGCUGCAAAGCUUAACCUUUCCCAACCCCAAUAACCUCACAUGUAUUGAAUGAUAACGCUAGGUUUGGUCUAUAACAAUUGCUCCUUUCUCCUUCAAACCACAGGGAAAAAGAACAGCUAACUGGCAGUGCAAAGUACUCUGUAGCCUAAUGCUGCUGCUUUUGUACAUGGAAGGGGACUGAGGGAAAACUGCUGCACCCGUUGGUACAAAGAUGCAUUAAAUAUUCCAGCUUCUGCUUGCCUUGUGUCACUUUCCUGUGGAUUGCAGACUUUAAAUGUAUUAUCAGUGCAUGAGCUGACUUCUGCAACAUAGCAGGAGUUUGGCUGUGCAGUAUCUUUGAAGUAGUGCAGUUCUUAAUGCACAUUUCCAAGCACUACAAUAAUGCCAGAUCAAGGUAAGCCAUUACUGAAAACUUGCAAGAAACUGCAGGUUCCCAGAAACAAAAAUGAGGUGUUGAAAAAAUAUUUUUCCCUUCUUUUGAAUUAAAAUACAGGUACAGAUGAAUCUUGGUUUUCAGGCUCUUAUGGUACUGUCAUUCCAAGUCUACAAGUUGUCCAGAGUUGCAAAAUAUGUGAGAAGGGAUAGGGAAACGGUUCCAGCUACUGUUUGUAAAAUAUUUAAUAGUUAAAAAGGAAACUGUGGGUGUAUGUUCUGUUACAUGCACCUGCCAGCUUCUCAGAUUUCAUUUUGCUGUAAAUGUUGAACAGUCCCUUUGAGGAAUGGAAGUGAAAUAAAACGUGAUCGAAUAUUUAAUAAUUUAUGCUGUGUAGAACAUGUGCACAGAUUGACCUUGGUUUUCUUCUCUCACUUUGGUACAAAAGCUGUGAGCAUAAGAAUGAAACUUUACACAGCAAAAGAAGAAAAAAGAAGAGAAAAAAAAAUAAAAGCUCUUUAUAUUGUUAA